AUGUCCUUCCUGAACAGAAACAACUUAUUCGGUGGCUCCGGGCAGCCACCUCCGCGAGAUCCGUACGGCCAGCAACCAUCUCCGCAACGAGGAGGUCGUCCCUUUUAUCCUCCACGCGGAGGCGGCGGCUACGACACACAUAUGAAUGGUUACGACUCUCCCCAACCGGGGUAUGGCAGCCCUGGCCUGCCCGCCAGAAACAUGCCUCCACGGCCCAUGGGCCACCAGCAGAGCCCCAGUCGAGGUGCUCCUGCAAGAGGACGGAGUCCUGUGUUGACUCUACAACCUGCAAAAUCUCCAGACAAUUCGUUCACUUUCCGCAACCUUGCCGCUGUUUCGACACAGGAUGUUCCUCCUUCCUACGAUGGCACCGACGUCUUCCUUCUUAUCAACGGCAUGUAUGUGCUCUCAGCUCGGCCUCUCGAUGCAUUUCCACGAGGCAGCAUUGGGCUUUCGGAACCACAGAGGUCUUGGAUGGGUGUAGCUUUGACGGAUAUGCUGCAGGCAGAAGUUUAUGAUCCCUUCAGCUCAGGGGGACAGGCAUAUAUUGGUGCGAUGGAUAUCGAAAUCGGUUUUGCAAGCACAAGGAAAACCACGGAUGUGCCCUACGAUCAAGAUGAUCUAGCCAGAGAGAUUACAAAGUUAUUCAACAGCCAGAUGUUCGCUCCCGGCCAACGAUUCCUGAUGGAUCUCAAAAGUAUUCCCUUAAACCUAACAGUCAAGACAGUACAACUGGCAGACCUAAGUGAGAAAGCCGCGCCCACGACGUCUGAUCCUCAAGCGCGAGGCAUUUUGACACCUCAAACCCAAAUCAACUUUUUCAAGGACGGGAAGACGACCAUAAACCUCAAGGCAUCCUCUCGUCGGCCUGCGGCCAAUUCUAUCAUCGCCCCGGACUUCAAAUUUGAGGACAUGGGCAUUGGUGGUCUGGAUGCCGAAUUCGUUACCAUUUUCCGAAGGGCGUUCGCCUCCCGCGUCUUCCCUCCUGGGCUUGUGGAGAAGUUGGGCAUUCAGCACGUAAAGGGUAUCUUACUCUACGGUCCCCCGGGUACGGGGAAAACCUUGAUUGCACGGCAGAUUGGCAAAAUGCUCAAUGCAAGAGAACCCAAGGUUAUCAACGGUCCUGAAGUGCUGAACAAGUAUGUCGGCCAAUCGGAGGAGAACAUUCGGAAACUCUUCGCCGAUGCGGAGAAGGAAUACAAAGAAAAGGGUGAUGAAUCUGGCCUUCACAUCAUCAUCUUUGACGAGUUGGAUGCCGUCUGUAAGCAAAGAGGCAGCGGUGCCGGCGGAGGCACUGGUGUGGGAGACAGUGUGGUCAAUCAACUCCUCUCGAAGCUCGAUGGUGUGGAUCAAUUAAACAACAUCCUCCUGAUCGGCAUGACGAAUCGGAAAGAUAUGAUUGACGAUGCGCUCCUACGUCCAGGACGUCUCGAGCUACACAUGGAAAUCGCGCUGCCAGACGAAACCGGUCGGGCGCAAAUUCUGAAGAUCCACACGCAGAAGAUGCGCGACAACCAGGUUCUCGACCCGGACGUCGACCUUCUCGACCUCGCCCACAAGACCAAAAACUUUUCUGGCGCCGAGAUUGGGGGCUUGGUCAAAUCCGCCACGUCGUUUGCCUUUUCGCGACAUAUCAAAGUGGGUACGAUGGCGGGAAUCACAGACGACGUGGCAGAUAUGAAAGUCAAGCGUGCCGAUUUCGAAAGCGCCCUGCAAGAAGUGAAACCGGCGUUUGGCGUGUCGGAGGAAGAACUUUCGUACUGCCUCCGGGGAGGCAUCAUUCACUUUUCACAGUACAUCAAGGACGUCCUUGAGGAAGGGAAGCUCUUUGUGGAACAGGUGCGCAAUCCUGACUCGACGCCGCUGUUCGCGGUGUGUCUCCACGGACCUCCGGGUUGCGGAAAGACUGCGCUGGCAGCCAAGAUCGCUAUCGACAGCGGGUACCCGUUCAUCAAAUUGGUGAGCAACAAGGAUACCUUGGAGAUGUCGGAAUCUCAAAAGAUCUCCUACCUGAGCAAGGUGUUUAUGGACGCCUACAAGUCGCCGAUGUCGUGCGUGGUCCUGGAUGACGUGGAAGAAUAUACCGAGUGGACGCCCAUCGGGCCUCGAUUCUCCAACCCGAUAUUGAAAACCCUGGUCGCCCUGUUACGCAAAGCGCCUCCGCCGGGACGAAGUCUACUCAUCCUUGUGACGGCAACGGAACGUUCAGUGCUACAACAACUUGAUUUCUGGCGGCACUUCAACAGCGAUAUCCCCGUGGCCAACGUACGCACCUACGACGAACUGGAGUUCGUCAUGAAUGAAUCCAAAGCAUUCGAGGAUGGGGAGGUCUCCAGAGCCGUUGCGGAGAUCCGGGAUAUCACACGAAGCGAGGUUGUGGGAGUGGGCAUCAAGCAUGUGCUACAGGCAAUCGAGACGGCCAAGUUUGACGCCGAUCGCGUCACUCGGUUUGCAGGGACUUUGAGCAGGGUCAUUGCUGAGCGAGGGGAGGGCAGUGGUGGGUUUCGUUGA